AUGUUUCUGUCCACCUACGUGAGUACUUCACAGAUGUGCGGCUACACAGCAGAUGAAAACAUGAUGCGGUUGAGGAAUUGUCUCAAAGGUGACGCGUUUACAGCAGUAAAAAGCUUUCUCAUGAACCCGUCGACAGUUAACAGAGCAAUCGAUGCGCUCAAGUUGCGGUUCGGACAACCCCGAUUCGUGAUUCAGUCUUUAAAGGAUAAAAUCCUUGCGAUGCCGCCGUUGAAGCCGGAUUCCAUGAAUAGAAUGAUCGAUUUUGCAUUGGCUAUUCAGAAUUGGGAAGCAACGAUCGAAGCGUGUGGACAAAAAGAGUUCUUGCGCGAUACUUCUUUACUGGCCGAUAUAAUUGCAAAGCUUCCAGCGUCAAUGAAGUUGGAGUGGGCUCGUCAUACUAGGAGUCUACGGAAAGUUAAUCUACCUGCGUUUAGUAGGUGGAUAUACGACAUUGCUGAAGAUGCUUGUCUAGUUUCCGAACCAUGCAAGGUUCAGGAGUCUCAUCACAGUCAGGAAACUCGCAAGAAGUCGAAGGCCUUCCUGAAUACUCACACAGAGUCGCAAUUCAGGACCAACGAUGAUCUGCGUGAAUGUGCUGGAAGCACAUCGAAGACGACCGAGACGAAGAAAAAGGAGUACACCAACCAUUGCCUCAUCUGUCGAGGGCCUUGUGCUUCACUUGCAAAGUGCGGACGUUUCAAGGAUCUUUCCUACGACGGUAGGUGGGCAGCCGUACGUGAAGCUCGAGCCUGCCGAAAAUGUUUGAAGCAGCAUAAAGGAGGAUGCGAGUCUAAAGAUUGCGGAGUGAAUGGCUGCACCUACAAACAUCAUCCGUUACUGCACAAGGCACUCAAUGUUCAAUCACCAGCGGUCAAGAUUUUCCCAAAGCGCGAUGAACAAUCGUGCAACACUCAUCAGUCCGGAUCAAGUGUCGUUCUUUUUCGCUACGUUCCAGUGGUUGUGUACGGCAGUGAAAGUGUAGUCCAGUGUUACGAGUUUCUCGAUGACGGAUCCUCAAAAUCGCUUAUGGACGACGAACUAGCAAAACAGCUGAACCUCUCUGGAGAGCGGUUUCCAUUGUGCCUUAAGUGGACUGGUGGCCUUCAUCGCGCGGAGGACGAUUCAAGGAGCGUAAAUAUUGAAAUCUCAGGACUAAAAGGGAAACGCUUUGAAUUUCAGGAUGUCCGCACGGUAAAGGAGCUACUAUUGCCGAGCCAAACGUUAGACAUUCAAGAACUUCAGUCGAAGUACUCACACUUAAAAGGUGUUCCUGUUCAAUCCUACCAAAGUGUCCGACCUCGUCUUCUAAUAGGAGUUCAGCAUGCUAACGCAACACUCGUGCGCAAAAGUCGAGAAGGAAAGCCAGGGCAACCGAUAGCAAUCAAAACCAACCUUGGAUGGUCGAUCUACGGCGGAGCUCCGAUGGGACAAUCUGUGAACAUGGUACACUACACGUACCACGUAUGCUACUGCGACCACGAUAACGACGACGGUUUGGAGCUCGCAGUGAAAAAUUAUUUUUCCCUAGAAAGUUUGGGCAUCGUUUGUUCAACAAAACAGGUUCGUUCCAACGAAGAUGAACGGGCAAUUACUCUUUUACGAAAGCUCACUCAUUUCAACGGAGAAAGGUACGAAACUGGUCUGCUUUGGAGAAGCGAUGGCGUGCAGUUGCCAGACAACAAGGCGAUGGUACUGAAGCGAUUCCAACAUCUUGAACGCCGUAUGGAAAGAGAUCCAGUCCUAGCGCGAGAAGUGAAAGCGAAGCUAGCAGAUUACAUCGCAAAAGGUUAUACACGGAAACUGACCCCAGCGGAACUAAAGGAGAAGCACGAGCGAGUGUGGUAUUUGCCGAUAUUUCCUAUUACCAACCCUAACAAACCUGGAAAAUUGAGGAUAGUCUGGGAUGCAGCUGCCGUGACCAACGGAGUUUCCCUGAAUGCUGAACUGCUAGCUGGUCCCGACUUGCUGACGCCGCUUAUAAAUGUACUCUAUAAUUUUCGUGAAGGUCGUUUCGCAGUUUGCGGCGACUUGCGUGAAAUGUUUCACCAAGUGGCUGUACGCGCAGAAGAUCAGCAUUCCCAACGAUUCUUCUUCAGGGACGGAGGAAAGGGGAAAGAGCCUGGGAUUUAUGUCAUGAAAGUUAUGACGUUCGGGGCGGCAUGUUCCCCUGUAACCGCGCAGUUCGUAAAGAACCUUAACGCAGAACGCUUCAGGGAACAGUUCCCGGCUGCGGCUAGGGCAAUCGUACGCUGCACUUACGUAGACGACAUGUUGUGCAGUACUGAAACGGAAACAGAAGCCAUUGACCUUGCGAAAUCCGUCUGGUUCAUUCACGAUCAAGGUGGAUUUGAAAUCCGUAAUUGGAUGUCCAAUUCUCCGACUGUUCUUGCUGCAUUACGUGGGGACUCUGGAGUGGGAAAAAGCUUGGACCUUUCAUCAACCCUAGCUACUGAAAAGGUAUUGGGAAUGUGGUGGUGCACCCAGACUGAUUGCUUUGUCUACAAGAUCAUCAUGGCCAGAGGUGGGGAGGAGCUACUUUCUGGUGUUCGUCGGCCUACAAAGCGAGAGGUCUUACGUACUGUCAUGACCAUCUACGAUCCCCUGGGUCUAAUAGCCAACUACUUGAUGUACCUCAAGGUGUUACUUCAGGAAAUCUGGCGAUCAGGUACAGGCUGGGAUGACGAAAUCAAUACGCAGUGUUUUGAAAAAUGGCAGAUCUGGUUCAGACUUCUUCCCGAGCUUGAAAGUUUACAAAUCCCGCGUUGUUACAGGCUUCAGACGACGAUUGGAGCGCAAACGAAGAUCCAGCUGCAUAUAUUUGUCGAUGCCAGUGAGAGCAGUAUGGCAGCCUUAGUGUACCUCCGUUUCGCAGAGAAAGGGAUAAUCGAGUGCUCGCUCGUCACAGCGAAGACCCGUGUAGCCCCGCUAAAGUACCUCACUAUUCCUAGGCUCGAACUGCAGGCAGCUCUCAUUGGUGCUCGGCUAGCACGCAACGUUCUCCAAGGAGUAGAUAUCAACAUCUCGCAAUGCAUCUUUUGGACGGAUUCGAGGAAUGCUCUAUCGUGGAUUCGCGCAGACCACCGACGAUACAACCAAUUUGUGGCAGCUAGAGUUAGCGAAAUCCUUGACCUUACGAACGUCUCCAAUUGGCGAUGGGUCCCAACGAAAUGGAACGUUGCCGACGAAGGCACUAAGUGGCAGCAUCGUCCUUUGUUUACACAUGAGAGCAGAUGGUGUAAAGGCCCUGAAUUUCUUUGGCAACCAGAAGAAGAGUGGCCUACCAUGCCGAGACCAUUGGAAGGGACAAUAGAGGAACUACGCGCCAACGUUCACGUGCACUACGACACUACGAGGCUGAAAUUUUCUACGGAACGGUUCCGUACAUGGGGAGCUUGA